AUGUACCCUGUUGAAAUCUUAUUUGUCUCAGUGUGCAUGGAACUUACAACUGGUAAAGGCAGUAAAUCUGAAUUGUUUCUCAGAUUGUUAAGCGAAUUGGAGCGCCAAUUUCGCUUUCUCAUUGCAAUCUUGACGGUUCUGCAUUUGUUUGAAAAUCAAAAACAAUUGAAAACUGUUUUUAGCAGUGAUGACCUGUUUAAGCAAUUAUUGUUUGUUCGUAUGACCUCUAAAACUCUGUGGAAGCCUGAGAUACUCUUACCUGAAACAAACACAAAAUUAGAAAAGAGGCAUACAAUUAUUCCAGAGAGGUUGCUAGGGUUUAACGACUAACAACGUUAGGAUUUGAGCAACCAGACAGUCCGAACGCCUUUGCAAAUCAUACAAUACAUGAAUACGCAGCAUAAAGACAAUAAAAAAAAAAGAAAGAAUGGUAAUAAAUUAUUAUCAACGUAGUUACUCAAACAUUACCUACCGUAUAUUCCAUUAUUCAAUAAACCUGUC